AUGGCUGUCCAGCACCCUUGGCCUUGGAGAUCCCUCUUAGGACCAUUGCCCUGUCCUGCAGCCUGGGCACAGGGUGGCCACUACCAGCAACUACCCAGACUGGAUCCAGCAGAAACCUGGCUCUGUCCCAAAAUCUUUCAUCUGCAGUACUUGCAGUGUAGAGGCAGGGGUUCCCUGGUCCAGGCAGCAGUGACUCAGCCGGCCUCGGUGUCCGUGUCCCCGGGAGAAACCGCCCGCAUCACCUGCUCUGGGGGUAGCAGCAGCUACUAUGGCAGCUACUACUAUGGCUGGAUCCAGCAGAAACCUGGUGGUGCCCUGGUCGCUGUGAUAUAUGGUUCCCUGGUCCAGGCAGCAGUGACUCAGCCGGCCUCGGUGUCCGUGUCCCCGGGAGAAACCGCCCGGAUCACCUGCUCUGGGGGUAGCAGCAGCUGGUUUGGUUGGUACCAGCAGAAACCUGGUGGUGCCCCAGUGACUGUGAUAUACUGGAAUGACAAGAGACCCUCGGGCAUCCCUGCGCGAUUCUCCGGUUCCACGUCCGGCUCCACGGCCACGUUAACCAUCACUGGGGUGCAAGCCGAGGACGAGGCCGUGUAUUACUGUGGUAGCUAUGCUGGUAGUGAUACUGGUGCCACGGUGCCCCCGAGCAAUGGGGAAGUGAGACAGAAACCUCCCGCCAUCACAGGGACCAUUGAACAGUGUCUGCUGUCCCACAUGUCUGAGGGAGCAGACGCUGGGGUGGUGGGGGCUGUGCUGGGCCCUGCCUCCUGCCUGUGCUGCCUGGACGAGGUGCCCCUGCACGGCCUGGCUGGCACCCAGGGCCCUGCUGGGUGCCCUCCCUGCCCUCCUGCCCGCGCAGCUCUGCCAGGAGCGACCGUGGUGCUGGGCAUCUGCUUGUCUAUUUUGAGGAUGGUCUAAAAGAAUGAGAGGAGUGCAGUGAGGCGCUGGGAUCUGCAUCCUGGGGGACAUUUGGCCUUCAUCAGGUUGAGAUCUGAGCAACCUGCCUCCAAGGUCUCCUGCAUGAGUGGGUCUGGGACCAGCCUCCUCCUGCUGUCCCUUGCGCCCUGUGUUGUUUCAUGAGGCUUAGCUCUCACAUCCGCAGAAGUGUCUCUUGCCAAGCCCUCUGGAGCUGCAUACAUCCCCCGUGCUCUUCGUCAGCCAUCGCCUCUCCCCUUGGCUUGGACGAGGCCAUGUAUUACUGUGGUGGCUAUACUGGUAGUUAUGCUGGUGCCGCGGUGCCCCCGAGCAAUGGGGAAGUGAGACAGAAACCUCCCGCCAUCGCAGGGACCAUGGAACAGUGUCUGCUGUCCCCAUGUGAUUGUCACAUAGGUCCCCACCAGCGCCCUCUCCGCACUGCACGUGGUCUGCUGUGGUGCUGGGGAGGUGUAGCCUGGUGACGAGCAAAGGCCUUGUAAAGCUGGGCCCAAUGGGCCAAGAAGGACGGGGAAGGAGCCAGGAGCGAAGAGCAGCCGAGCAAGAGGGCAUUGCGGGUGCCGCAGCCAGGGAAGUGCCAGAGUCACUGAGGUUGGAUGCACCCCUGGCGAGGGUCUCGUCCAACUGGCCAGGCCGUAGCAGGGUUGAGUAGUGCAGGUUGUGCAGGUCCUGUCCCGUUGGGUUUUGCCUGUCUCCAGGGCUGGAGACUUCACAGCCUCUGUGGGCAACCUUUGCCAGGGCUUGACCACCUUCAAGGGGGGA